AUCUGAAAGAAGAUGAAUUUGGCAGAGAUUUGUGACAACGCAAAGAAAGGGCGAGAGUAUGCACUUCUGGGAAAUUACGACUCAUCAAUGGUGUAUUACCAGGGAGUAAUACAGCAGAUCCAGAGACAUUGCCAGUCAGUGAGAGACCCGGCAGUCAAAGGGAAGUGGCACCAGGUACGGCAGGAACUCUUGGAGGAGUAUGAACAAGUGAAGAGUAUCGUCAGCACGCUAGAAAGCUUUAAGGUCGACAAGCCCCCAGACUUCCCUGUGUCUUGUCAGGACGAACCGUUUAGAGACCCAGCAGUUUGGCCACCCCCUGUCCCUGCAGAACACAGAGCUCCACCUCAGAUCAGGCGUCCCAACCGAGAAGUGAGACCUCUGAGGAAAGACAUGGGAGCAGGAGCCCGAGGACUCGUGGGCCGAGCACACCCAAUUUCGAAGAGUGACAAACCUGCAAGUAGGGACAAGGACUAUAGAGCAAGAGGGAGAGAUGACAAGGGAAGGAAAAACAUGCAAGAUGGUGCAAAUGAUGGUGAAAUCCCCAAAUUUGAUGGCGCUGGGUACGAUAAGGAUCUGGUAGAAACCCUGGAGAGGGACAUUGUAUCUAGGAACCCUAGCAUUCACUGGGAUGACAUAGCAGAUCUGGAGGAAGCUAAGAAGUUGCUCCGGGAAGCUGUUGUCCUUCCCAUGUGGAUGCCUGACUUUUUCAAAGGGAUUAGAAGGCCAUGGAAGGGAGUACUGAUGGUUGGACCUCCAGGGACUGGGAAGACCAUGCUAGCUAAAGCGGUUGCCACUGAAUGUGGGACAACAUUUUUCAAUGUCUCCUCUUCUACAUUGACAUCUAAGUACAGAGGCGAAUCUGAGAAGCUGGUCCGUCUGUUAUUUGAAAUGGCUAGGUUCUAUGCCCCCACCACGAUCUUCAUUGAUGAGAUAGAUUCUAUCUGCAGUCGAAGAGGAACGUCUGACGAGCAUGAAGCGAGCCGCAGAGUCAAAUCUGAGCUCCUGGUCCAGAUGGACGGAGUCGGAGGAGCCUUAGAAAAUGAUGAUCCAUCCAAGAUGGUGAUGGUUCUGGCUGCCACUAACUUCCCGUGGGACAUUGAUGAAGCUUUGAGAAGGAGACUAGAAAAAAGGAUCUACAUUCCUCUUCCGACAGCAAAAGGAAGAGCUGAGCUUCUGAAGAUCAGCCUUCGGGAGGUGGAGCUGGACCCCGACAUCCGCCUGGAGGAUAUCGCCGACAAGAUUGAGGGCUAUUCGGGCGCUGACAUAACUAAUGUCUGCAGGGAUGCAUCUUUGAUGGCAAUGAGACGGCGAAUCAGUGGCCUGAGCCCAGAAGAGAUCAGGGCCCUGUCCAAGGAGGAGCUUCAGAUGCCUGUCACCAGAGGGGACUUUGAGCUGGCGCUGAAGAAAAUUGCCAAGUCAGUCUCCGCCGCGGACUUGGAGAAGUAUGAGAAGUGGAUGGUUGAGUUUGGAUCUGCGUGACUUCUGUCAGCUCUUUCAUUUCUGAUAUUUUUGUCUAUAAAAUGUGAAGAAAUUCCUUAAA